AUGGAGGAGACGAACGAUGAUGAUAAGAACUGCAAUAAUAUAGUAUUUGAUGUGAAGUUGGUCAAAGGUAGUGAUCCAAUUCUGAUAGAAGGCGAUGACGAGGACAAUGAGUGCAACGGCUAUCCACCUGGAUACAACAAAAUAUUCGAAUGUGUCUAUCCGCCAGAGGAAUGGACGGAAAACGGUAAGAAGUGGCGGCGAGUCGCAUCUACGGAGUCAGCCGACCGACAUCAAGUGUUGGUUCUAUCCGAAAGCCUCAAAUUUAACUUAAAGUACUGGAAUGCCAUGAUGCACGGAGUGUGUCCGGUCAGGAGAGAAUUGUUUACGCAGUGUUUCAAUGAACUGAUACGACAAGUGUGCGUAAAUAGCAUUGAGCAAGGUGAAUUGUUAAUCAAAAUUCGAAACCAAUACACCCAAAGCAUAAUCGACCAUAAACGUUACUAUGAGAGCGGUUUAAUAUUUAGAAUUAAACGUGCUUCAUUGAAUGAUAAUAAAAAUGAAAUGGUAAAAAAGGAUUUACAUGAUUUAGAAGACCAACAAAUUGAAUUAAGAAAGCAAUUGAGUGAGGCAAACGUUAAGUAUAAAAGAUUAGAAAUCAAUAUUAAAAAGGAAUUAAAUAAUUUGAAAGAUGCUCACCAACACGAGUUAAAUUUUUUCAAUAGGAACCAUAAGGCAUUAAAAGAUCAACUCGUAAUGAUACUAUCAAUGAAUACAUAA